AUAUAAGUCGGUUUACAUCUACUAUACAUUUUGCCGUGUAUCUGUGCUGGUCAACACUCGACUGUGUAGAUAGCAUCAAGAAGUAAUGGCCUCCAUCAUGCGCACCGGCGCAUCUCUUCUACUAGCACUUUUAGCUGGAUGUGUUGCCUUUGCUGCGGCCCAAGAGACCCCACAGACUCAUCCGCUGACGAACUUGCCGCCAGCUGGGGAGAUCUCGACAGGCUUCUUUUUUCCAGACUUCCCCACGCGUCAGUUUAUCGCUGGGCAGCCGGUCAAGGUAGUGCUUGGCGUUCGCAAUGAAGCGUCGGAGGCAUACAACGUUAGCGCGAUCAUGGGCAGCCUGAACAACGCUGCGGACUUUAGCGCGUACUACUGGAACUUCACCCAGCAGAUUUACUUUCAGGCCGUUGCUCCCAGCGAGGAGCUGUCUGUGGAGUACAGCUUCCUGCCCCCUAAGGACCUGCCCCCCAACGACUACCAGGUCGCAUUGACCGUCUUUUACCAGGACGCUCAGGGCUUUAAGAGCACGACCUUCUUCAACCAAACCGUGAGCAUCAAUGAGAAGCCGCAGCUGAUUGACUGGAAGCUCAUCUUCCUGUACGUCAUUUUCAUUGGCCUCGUGUUCGCUGGCGUGUACUCUGUGUGGAACAACGUCAAGGAGUCGCAGCUGUACAAGACCACGGUGGGCAAGAAGGCGCGGAAAGUGGAGGUCAGCCGGGCUGACAACGCCGAUGAGUGGGUGAAGGGCACCCCCUAUGACAACUGGCGGAAGGCGUCGGGCAAGGGCAAGGGUGCGUCCAAGAAGGCGCAAUGAGCGUGAUGAGCCCGCAAGUGCAGCAGCAGAAGCACGGCUGCGGAGUCCUUUUGGGUGACUCGGGCGGCUAUGGAUUCGGGCAUAGUAUUUGAGAGUCCCAGUGUAUUUCAGGGGCUUGGUGUGCCUCGUAGGCACCGCUUGGUUUCACCGUUGUGCCGUUAGUUCCCGUUAGACAGGAAGGGGCACCACCGACGACGGGAGGACAUGGGGCUGUGGUCUUAGGGUCAGGGGACUGGUGUUAGGGGCCCCGGACAUGCUAGGUAUAUGCACAGGCGAACAGUAUCCCUCUUCGUAAAGGCUGUGACCAGUAGUAUGGAUGCGCUCGCCGUAACACUCGCGCUGCCCUACAAGAGUGCGUCCUUGGUGUCUGGGUCCGCACUCAGGGCAACCCGACAGAAACGGUCUGGACUGACCUAGUAAGAGACGCUUUUUAACUUGACUACGGACACCCCUUGAAUCUACUUAUCCCGCUUUUGACGUGGGUUUAGGACCAGUAGCAAGUGGAUUAAUGUGACUCUGUUGGUCGGGUUUUCCACGUGCUAGGUGGAAAUACGGGUCGGGUUAACACGGCUUGUGCUAGGCCUCCGAUGUAAGAUGUAAGAAACACGCGCAUG